GAAAGCAAGGUCAUCGCCGGCGACGGCGCCUAGUUGCUAACUGAUAUUUAUUAUAAUAUUCGGAUGCUGUGGUGGAAAAUCACGUGCGUAUUUUGUGCUGUUUGCCACGCUCCAUCCCGAAAGACCUUGCUCCGCAAGGUAACUGUAAUCUAACCACCAAGUGCUCGCCACCACACCCCUUACCUUAUAAUGACUUUUGGCGAGAUUGCCCACUACGUGACCCAGCCUAUGGGCUGGCCUGAACCAGUGCGCGGUGUUGCUUCCUUGUUGUCCCCGUUCCACUGUCCCGACAAGCCAAGUAAUGAGCGUCUUGAUAGUGCGUCAGCCUCGACAUUCUCGGAGCCACUCACUUCCAAUGAAGUACCUGCACCUGGAUCAUACACUGCAAAGGAUUUUGACAUCUUAAUUCAUUCAACAGCCGUAGGGUUGUGUAGACUUGCUGAGCUUCCUCGCUACGGCGGCGAGAGACCUACUGUUCCUCUUUGGUCUCAGCUUGUCCAUGCAUUGGCAAACACACUGUCCUCAGAUGUUCUGAUUAUUGAAGAUGCACCGUUCAUCAUGCCACGGGCUCAGAACGCCAGUCAGCCGUCAAAUCUCAUUGACGGACGUGCGACUCUUCUUGCUGCCCAUACCAUCUUUCCUGCACCUAGAAAUUAUUCAGAUACCUCCAUGACUAGCUUGCGAAACGAGCAAGAUGAGGAUGAAUCGAUGCAUUCUGCAGACUCAGACUCUUGCAAUGGUUCAGUCGAUUCACUCGACCUGCCCUUGCAAGCUCACAUGCUUCCGGGUCGAGGGAGAUGCCUUUUGGCUGUGGUGCCAAUCUUACUAGUCGCCGACUCCCGGAAUAUCGUUCCCCUACUUUGCAGUGCUCUUUACCAGAGACGUGUGUGGGGGAUUUGUCAGCCUGUGGUAGGCCUGUGCUGUUCCAGCACGGGUACGAUUGUCACGGCAAUCUUCGGGUGGCUCGACUCCGAUCAAUCAGAGGAAUGCCCCAUGCCUACACCGCACCUCGCUUUAGCAGCCGAUGUUGGCUUAGAUCCCUCCAUGGGUGUGUUUGAUUUCGCAGACGCCCACUCUUCCAUCAGCCUUGCGCAAUUUGUUUUGAGAUUGCGUACACAUUCUCAAGAUAUCAAGGGCGCCAUAUCGAUAGAAGCAGUCAAUUCUCUGAGUCCGUUGCGCUGGAGAUCCGAUUUACCUGAUUUUGAAACUCAAUUUGGGGGGCAGUCGGAUGAACGAGUGGUAUCCUGGAUCCACGAGGUACACGUGCAGACCAGUUCCAGUGAGACGUCAUCCUCAUCUACCCCUCGUACUCCAUCCCCGCUCUUGGACACUGCACUUGUAUCAUACGAUACCAUGGCUUCUGACCUUUCUAUGAUCUCCGAGGAUGAACCAGUCGAUGUUCCAAAGCUGUUCUAUGGGACCCACUUAAAGAACACGACACGAGGCGGGGGGUCACAACCAUCGGGUUCUUUGAAGAGGCACGGUCGAUUACCAGCAAAGGCUAAGGGUUCUACCUCAUUGUGUUCUGAAUCAUAUUUAAACUCACGAAUGGCUGCUUUGCCUGACAACGGCCUUGUUGACGGGCUGUCUAUGUCCAACUGGCUGUUUGAACGCCGUGCGUUUACAGUUGGUCGUAUUCCAAUCACCUCCAAGGAGCUGGAGAAGACCGCCGGAAUCAAUGAAAUGAUUGAAAAGUAUGAUAAAAUGACGGUGUUUUGCUGGUCAGAUGCCAUCAAAGCCGAACUCUCGAGCGCUGCCCUUGAUAGCUGUCUGUUGGAUAUGAGGGCAGAACUAUGCGCCACGAAUCACCGUCCUAGCUCCCAGUCCAACACGAUUGUUGUCCACUUGUCUGAGGAUAUCCAGUUCAUUUCGUCCCGGAUUUCAGCAUUGUUGCAUGCUGUACAAGGCGCCCGCAUCUGUGAUACUGUCGCAAAAUUGUAUGGCGCCAACGAAGCUGAUCGGCGCCAUGAAUGGGAUUCGUUACUCAUGAAUUUUUAUCAAACUACUGCCGAGCAAGGAGAUGUGUUGUUAGAGCGACCGUUGAAUUUGGCUCGUAAUUUUGGCGCUGACGACACUUUCUCCUCAACACAAGCCAUUGAGGCUGUUGAUGAAUACACGCGCCUAUGUCUUGACCAAUACCAGAGUGUGGGUAGCAACGAUAACUCUUUCAAGCAGGCCAUAGCAGCGCGAGAUCAGGCCAACAAAUUCGCCGAUGAUAUCAAACGCUGCAAGGUGCUUACUGAAGUGAUUGGGUCUCACUCCUCUAAGGAUCCGGUCACUGGAAAAUGCAACGCCAUCCUCGUCAUUCCAUGUCCUGGUGCUGCUACUACGGUGCUCCAGCGCAUAUGCGGUACUAUCGAGCCAGAAAAGUUCUCAAAAUCUUUCAUGCUAGUGCAGGGUCCAAAGGCGGAUAAGCUCGAUGCGAGUACAUCCCAGAGCGUUGGUCACAGCCAAAAGAUCACGUCCAUGGAAACCAAACGCAUCGAUGACCAUGCUCAGUUGCAGAACCCAUUUCAUUGUUCUCCCGAUGACGAUAAAGCACCGCAGGAAGAAAAAAUAACAGAUAUGGAUAUCUAUAGUGAUGAACCUAGGAAGCAAGACCUAUUUCUCCCAGUGCUGUUGGCCGAGUACAAGAAAAGAGACCAGUCAAGCAUUUCAACAGCUAUGAACCAGACGAAGACCUUCCUGGUUUCGGCAGUGACCUUCCUCUCUGAGCUCGGUAUCACAGACCACCCUGUGUUCGGGCUCGUUGUCAAUGGCGCACUUGGCGCGAUUACGAUGGCGUGGAAGAAAAACAAUCAAAUCUACAUAAUGGAACGCAAUGUCCGGCACUACGACAUCAGGGACCCUUUUCAGGCACUGCAGUUCGUCUCUGUUCUGCCGCGCCUCGCACGUCACGGCCUGCACCUCCGCUGUUUGUUAGAGAAGCAGCUCGAGAUUAUACAUGUGAACCAAGUUCACUCUGAGUUGCAGUGGUCCAAGUUGUCACAACGGGAAGACGAAAGAUCAGCGGCUGCGAGGACAAGAUUAGAGCAAGGGGCCGCACAGGAGGUGGUGCAGAAAGGAAGUAGAGAUUGAAAAUCAAGUUAUUAUAUGAGAUGCUGGCAGUGUCUGUCCAUGCAUCAGUUCCAUGAGAAUAUCUUCAAUUCGCCAGAACUACUCAUUUGGCGUGACAAAGACAGGCUGAGUG